UCCUCUCUCCUCCUGCACAAAAGAAGGAACAUGGUCGCAGCAAGGAGAGAGAAUCCAUGGGGGUUAAAGCCUGCCCGAACACACGUGAUCAAAGCCAUUUUAGCCCGGAAGCGCCCAACCCUUUUCUCUCUCCUCGAAGCUGUUUCCACCCUCACCCUUUUUGUCCCAAAGCAAUCAUUCUCACAUCCAGACAACCACCCACCGUCCCCUCCUCUCUGAAAUCUGUUCGAGCUUUCACACUCCCUCUCUGACUCACUACCUCACUCCCAUUUCGCCCUUCGAUCUGUAUAUAUAAACCGUCUUGGAGGUGGCACAUAGAUCCCCUUCAUUACCCAACGACUAUGAAGAUUCUUCAUCUUGAUCGUCUUGUUCUGGUUCUUGGUCUGGCUCUGUCCUGUUUCUGUGUCGAUGGCUAUGGAGGUGAACAGCAGCAAAGGAGGACUUACAUCGUCCACAUGGCCAAAUCCCAAAUGCCCACGGCUUUCCAGCACCACACCCACUGGUACGACUCCUCCCUCAAGUCCGUCUCCGGCUCCGCCCGGAUGAUCUAUUCCUACGACACCGUCGUCCACGGGUUCUCCGCCCGGCUGACGGCGCGGGAGGCCAAGUCCCUCGAGGCCCGACCCGGGAUCCUCUCGGUCCUUCCGGAGCUCCGCUACGAGCUCCACACCACCCGGACCCCCGAGUUCCUGGGGCUCGACAAGAGCAAGGCCUUGUUCCCCGACUCGGACUCCGGGAACGAGGUCGUCGUCGGGGUGCUUGAUACUGGGAUUUGGCCCGAGAGCAAGAGCUUCGACGACACGGGCCUCGGGCCGGUGCCCAGCGGCUGGCGCGGCGGGUGCGAGCCCGGCACCAACUUCACGGCGUCGAACUGCAACCGCAAGCUCAUCGGCGCGCGGUUCUUCUCCAAGGGCUAUGAGGCAACCAUGGGCCCGAUCGAUGUUUCGAAGGAGUCGAAGUCGCCGAGGGACGACGACGGGCACGGCACCCACACAGCGUCGACGGCGGCCGGGUCCGCCGUGGACGGCGCUAGCCUCCUCGGGUACGCCCCCGGGACGGCGCGCGGGAUGGCCACGCGCGCCCGGGUCGCCGCCUACAAGGUGUGCUGGGUCGGCGGCUGCUUCAGCUCCGACAUACUGGCGGGGUUGGAGAAGGCCAUCGACGACGGCGUCAAUGUCCUCUCGCUCUCCCUCGGCGGCGGGACGUCGGACUUCUACCGGGACAGCGUCGCGAUCGGUGCGUUCGCGGCGGCGGAGAAGGGCAUCUUCGUCUCCUGCUCCGCUGGGAACGCCGGCCCGAGCUCCUAUAGCCUCUCCAACACGGCGCCGUGGAUCGCCACCGUGGGCGCGGGCACACUGGAUCGGGACUUCCCCGCUUUCGUCAGCCUCGGCAACGGGAAGAACUUCUCGGGGGUGUCGCUGUUCAGCGGGAGUUCCAAGGGGACGCUUUUGCCCUUCGUCUACGCUGGUAAUGUCAGCAACGCCACCAACGGCAAUCUCUGCAUGAUGGGCACUCUGGACCCCGAGAAGGUCAAGGGCAAAAUCGUCCUCUGCGACCGUGGGGUGAACGCGCGGGUCCAGAAGGGGUCGGUCGUGAAGCUCGCCGGCGGGGCCGGGAUGGUCCUCGCCAACACGGCCGCGAACGGCGAGGAGCUGGUGGCGGACGCCCAUCUCCUCCCCGCCACCUCCGUGGGGGAGAAGUCCGGCGACGCCAUCAAGCGCUACCUGUUCUCGGACCCUAACCCAACGGCCACGAUCCUCUUCGAGGGAACCAAGGUGGGGAUCCAGCCGUCGCCGGUGUUGGCGGCGUUCAGCUCGAGGGGACCAAACUCCAUCACGCCGGAGAUCUUGAAGCCUGACAUGAUCGCGCCGGGCGUCAACAUCCUCGCCGGCUGGACGGGCGCCGCCGGCCCGACGGGGCUCGCGGUGGACGACCGCCGCGUCGGGUUCAACAUCAUCUCCGGGACGUCGAUGUCGUGCCCGCACGUGAGCGGCCUCGCCGCCCUCCUGAAGGCUGCCCACGCCGACUGGAGCCCCGCCGCCAUCAAGUCGGCGCUCAUGACCACCGCCUACGUGGCCUACAAGAACGGCGGAAACCUACAAGACGUGGCGACGGGCAAAGACUCCACGCCGUACGACCACGGGGCGGGGCACGUGGACCCCGUGUCCGCCCUCAAUCCCGGGCUCGUCUACGAUCUGACGGUGGAGGAUUACUUGGACUUCCUGUGCGGGCUCAACUACACGUCGUCCCAGAUCAACACCCUCGCCAGGAGGAACUUCACCUGCGAGUCGAGCAAGACCUACAGCUUGUACGACCUGAACUACCCGUCCUUCGCGGCGAGCUUCGACUCAUUGAGCAGCGGAUCCACCACCAUCAAGUACGCGAGGACGCUCACCAACGUGGGCUCCGCGGGGACGUACAAGGCCUCGGCGACGUCGGGCUUGGCCGCAGUGAAAAUAUCGGUUGAACCAGACACCCUGAGCUUCAGCAAGGCCGGGGAGAAGAAGCCGUUCACGGUGACCGUGACGGGGAGCGCAAUGCCGGCAAGCACGAACGCAUUCGGGCGGCUGGAGUGGUCGGAUGGGAAUCGGACCGUGGGGAGCCCGAUGGCAUUUAGCUGGACGUAGAAGAAGAUUAGGAUGGUAAUCGGGUCACUCGCUCGAAGAGGAAAAGAUUGGUUUGAAAUGGGCGUGUUGUUUUCUCCAGCAAAUAAUAUGCGAACCUGGAGCUAGUGUUUGAUGCUGUUGUCCUAAUCCGAGGAACCAAAAAUGAAACAUUAGCAAGUAGGGUUUUUUUUUUUUUCUCUCUUUUGCAUUUUGCUUUGGUUAAGGUUAUGACAGUGUAUAGUGUCAUCGACAGCAAUUAUGUAUUGGAUUGUGAGAGUUCUUU